CCAUCCAGACUCAGCUCUGUGACCUCAGGCAAGUUACUUAACCUCUCUGGACCUCAGUUUUCUCAUACGUACAAUGGGUCUAUUGCAACAGUUAAAUAAUGGCUAUAAAAUGCCCUGAUAGCUUUCUUGGCCUACUGUAAGUGUUCAGGAAAAGAUGGUCGAUAUUGUACUUUCUCAUUCGACAAAGAGUUUCCGAGACCACCUUGGACUAGACGCAGGAGUGGCAGAAGUGAAUGAGCACCAGCUCUACCUGUGUACAGAGCUGAGUCUGGUGGGGAAGUCACCCAGGGAAACACGACUGCACCACCCCUGCACUGCUGCAACCAGAUCUGGGUGGCGUCCUAACUCCAUCACUUGCUGGCUGUGUGACUUUGGGCAAGUUGGUCGACCUCUCUGAGCUGCAGCUUCCUCUUGUGUUAGGUGCUGUUGGGAACACAGAGGAGUGGCUGACUGGGGGUUCAGGGAAGGCUCCGUAGAAGAGGGAACACUUGAGCUGGGUCUUGAAGGAUGAGUAGAAGUUCACCAAGUGGGAAAGGAUCCUCUAGGAUGGCCGAGCCUCGAUUUAACAACCCCUACUUCUGGCCCCCUCCUCCCACCAUGCCCAGCCAGCUGGACAACCUGGUCCUGAUUAACAAGAUCAAGGAGCAGCUGAUGGCGGAGAAGAUCCGGCCGCCUCACCUGCCGCCCACGUCGGCCUCGUCGCAGCAGCCGCUGCUCGUGCCACCGGCGCCGGCCGAGAGCAGCCAAGCGGUCAUGUCGCUGCCCAAGCUGCAGCAGGUGCCGGGCCUGCACCCGCAGGCUGUGCCGCAGCCCGACGUGGCGCUGCACGCGCGGCCGGCCACCAGCACGGUCACAGGUCUGGGAAUCUCCUCCCGGACCCCGGCUGUGAGCACGUCAGAGUCGAGCGCAGGCACGGGUACCAGCAGCCCGUCCACACCCACCACCACCAGCCAGAGCCGCCUCAUCGCCUCGUCCCCCACCCUCAUCUCAGGGAUCACCAGCCCCCCCCUCCUGGACUCCAUCAAGACAAUCCAGGGCCACGGCCUGCUUGGCCCCCCCAAGUCCGAGCGCGGCCGGAAAAAGAUCAAGGCGGAGAACCCAGGGGGGCCGCCUGUCCUUGUAGUCCCCUACCCCAUCCUGGCCUCGGGCGAGACUGCCAAGGAGGGCAAGACAUACAGGUGUAAGGUAUGCCCGCUGACCUUUUUCACCAAGUCCGAGAUGCAGAUCCACUCCAAGUCGCACACAGAGGCCAAGCCCCACAAGUGCCCGCACUGCUCCAAGUCCUUUGCCAACGCCUCCUACCUGGCCCAGCACCUGCGCAUCCACCUAGGCGUCAAGCCCUACCACUGCUCCUACUGUGAUAAGUCCUUCCGACAGCUCUCCCACCUCCAACAGCACACCAGAAUCCACACAGGCGACAGACCCUACAAGUGCCCACAUCCUGGCUGCGAAAAGGCUUUCACUCAGCUCUCCAACCUCCAGUCUCACCAGCGCCAGCACAACAAGGACAAGCCCUACAAGUGUCCCAACUGCUACCGGGCCUACUCGGACUCCGCCUCCCUGCAGAUCCACCUCUCGGCCCACGCCAUCAAGCACGCCAAGGCCUACUGCUGCAGCAUGUGUGGGCGGGCCUACACCUCGGAGACCUACCUGAUGAAGCACAUGUCCAAACACACGGUGGUGGAGCACCUGGUGAGCCAUCACUCGCCCCAGAGGACGGAGUCCCCCAGCAUCCCGGUGCGAAUUUCCCUCAUCUGAGCCGACCCGAGGCGCCCCGCCCUGCCCACUGGCAGACACAGACCCAGGCAGCACCGGCCCGACUCCCUCCAGGGGCCCUCCAGGAACAGCCGAGCUCUCUCAUGACCUUCCUGACCUUCCAGAAAGCCUGGGCCGCAGAAGCCCUGCCCGGUCCAGCUCCGGGGGCGGCCAGGCCAACUGCAAGAUUCUGGACUGUUUUGGUGGCAUCCAAAGACGAUCUCAGAGCACUUUGAACCUCUCCGCUGGGUUUUCCUUUUCUUCCCCCAUCCUUCACUUGCUUCACUGUUUUUUUGUUUUGUUUUUUAAGUUUGUUUUGGAAAAUAACAAAAAAAAGAUAUUUAUUGGCCAAGAAGUUGGUGCUGCUAAGACCGAGAAAUGAAAAGAACCGGACAGAUGGACACAGAGACCCAGAGGGCAGCGUGGGACCUUCUCUUGCCGCAGCCUCGGGUCUUGAGGGGAAGGCGCAGGCCUGGGAGUCUGGACCGCAGAGGGGGCUCCCCGGUGGGAGGGGCAGGAGGCAGCUGGAAUGAGCCGCUCACCGCCCCGCCCCCCCCCCGCCCCCCAGCUGGAGCCUCCAGAGCUGUGCCCUGGGCAUCACUGAGCAGUGGGACGUGGCAGCUACCAGCGCUGCCCAGGCUUCAGGAGACAGAUGGAGAGGGGCCGGGAGGUCCGCAGGACCAAAGGGCGCAGGGUUGGCUGGGCUGGGCGCAGGCCCAGGGAAAUGGGGUGGGGGCGGGCUGGGUAAGACCCGGUGCCCCCACUGCCCUGAAGACCACCCCAGUCUACCUCAGUGCUGGCCAGGAAACCUAUCGGCUACCUCUCCCACCAUCCCAGACUGUGGGCAGCGGGGGAGGGAGUGGGCCUGGGGCAAGGACCCCCUCCGCUCUGCAGAAUUUCCUCCGGUUAGGGCAGUGCCCAAGGAGGGAUUACUUGUCUUCCCUGCCAUUGAGGGGGAUCCCCAGCCCAGGCCCUAGGCCCCUCGGCAGGGAAGGGAUCCUCGGGGAGGAGGGUCCCAGGAGCAGACCCUGCCCUCAGCCCCCACAGACACACCCCAAUCUGAAAGCCAUGCGUGUCCGUGUAUAUAGGAACUAUGUACAGAGCCCGGAGAAGCCCCCUCUACAUCCCCUGGGGAAAAAAAAGAAAACUAGACAGAAACUCAUCUAUAUAUUCUGUAUCUGGAGUUCCGUUUUGAAUAUUAACUGUGUUAUUUUUAUACACUUUUUAAGCCUUAACUCGCCAUUGAUUUACCAGUUUAACGUCUCCCGGGGUUUCUUUUCCCACGGGGUUCUCCGCCCCGCCCCCACCCCUUUGUUUGACUUGCGUCGUCUGAUACUCAGUAUUGUAGCUUUUCGUCCGCAUGUUACUACCCUGUAAAUACGCUGUUAUACAUACUGUUAACACCCUUUGCUUUUUUUCUAUGGGACCUCCAGGCCACCGUAUUUAGAACUAGUUACCUUAUUAAAAAAGAGAAAACAGUCUGUUGGCUUCUCAGUCUGCAUCGUGGUGGCAGGGAGGUGAGGGCAGGUGCUCCCCCCACUGCGCUUCAGGAACAAAGUUUGCGUUCUAUUUAAGAAAAGGGGUGGGGAGGAGAAAAAGGUCAAAUGUGGGGGAAGACCCUAAAGGGGGCAAGAAACAAAGGAAUCCCAAACCCUCUGCUCUCUGUAUUUCUCUGUUGUGAAGAAUAAACUGUACCUGCAGCCGG